GCGAGAGUCAGUCAAGUUAGGCUUCAGUGCAGGCAGGAACAGAGGAACUGCUGCUGUCACUUAAAAAAAAGCCCAGUUGACCAUCCAGCACCAUGGGAAAGAAGAGUCGAGUGAAGACUCAGAAGUCGGGCUCAGGAGCCAGCGCUGUGGUUUCUCCGAAGGAGAUGAUGAACCUCAUCUCUGAACUGCUGCAGAAAUGCAGCAGUGCAGCACCCUCUGCUGGUAAAGAGUUGGAGGAGUACAUCCAGAUCAGAGGCUUGGUAGAAAAGAUCCGCAAGAAACAAAAGGGUGUAUCGAUAGUGUUUGAGGGUAGCAGAGAGGACUACUUCCCAGAGCUGAUGUCCUGGGCUCAGGAGAGCGGGGCUUCCUGUGACGGCUUCAGAGUGGCCGACUUUGGAACAGAGGGCUUUGGCCUGCAGGCAACCAGGGACAUAAAGGCAGAAGAGCUGUUCCUGUGGAUUCCCCGGAAGAUGCUGAUGACAGUAGAGUCAGCCCAAAACUCUAUUCUGGGUCCUCUGUACAGCCAGGACCGGAUCUUGCAGGCCAUGGGCAACGUAACGCUGGCCCUCCACCUGCUGUGCGAGAGGGCCAAUCCAGCGUCACCCUGGCUCCCGUACAUCCGCAGUCUACCACAGGAGUACGACACACCUCUGUACUACCAGCAGGACGAGGUGCAGCUGCUGCUGGGCACGCAGGCGGUGCAAGACGUCCUGAGCCAGUAUAAAAACACUGCACGCCAGUACGCCUAUUUCUACAAACUGGUACAGACUCAUCCCGCCGCCAGCAAACUGCCCCUGAAGGACAGCUUUACAUUUGAUGACUACAGGUGGGCGGUGUCCUCGGUGAUGACCCGUCAGAACCAGAUCCCCACUGAGGACGGCAGUCGGGUCACGCUGGCACUCAUCCCGCUUUGGGACAUGUGUAACCAUACAAACGGACUGAUCACAACCGGUUACAACCUGGAGGAUGAUCGUUGUGAAUGCGUGGCCCUGCAGGACUACAAGGAGAACGAACAGAUCUACAUCUUUUACGGCACGAGGUCCAACGCCGAGUUCGUCAUCCACAACGGCUUCUUCUUCCAAGACAACGCCCACGACCGGGUGAAGAUCAAGCUGGGCGUCAGUAAGAGCGAACGCCUCUACGCCAUGAAGGCCGAAGUGCUGGCUCGGGCCGGCAUCCCAGCGUCCUGCAUCUUUGCUCUCCACUGUAAUGAACCCCCCAUUUCAGCGCAGUUACUUGCCUUUCUAAGAGUCUUCUGUAUGACAGAGGAGGAACUGAAGGACUACCUGCUCGGAGAUCGUGCCAUCAAUAAGAUCUUCACCUUGGGCAACAGCGAGUACCCUGUCAGCUGGGACAACGAGAUCAAGUUGUGGACUUUCUUGGAGACCAGAGCUGCUCUACUGCUGAAGACCUACAGGACCACCUCCGAGGAGGAUCGCUCCAUGCUGGAGAAACCUGAUCUAUCUCUUCAUUCUCGCGUUGCCAUCCAGCUCCGCCUGGCCGAGAAGCAGAUCCUGGAGAAAGCGUCAGCCAGCGGUCGGGCCAAGCGUCUGCACUUCGAGAAGAAGCUGGAGGAGGACGCUCCACUGCCUCAGUACGAGGAAAGCGACAUCGCUUUGCUGGAGAAUACUGACGCUGAUGCCAAGCUUCCGAUUAUCCUGCGCAAGCUGGAGGAGGUGGAAGAAGGUCAGGAGAUCCCGGAGGAAGAGCACAGUCCCUUCCUUAAUGGGGGGAAGGCUGUGUACGGGAUGGAUAUGCAGGCUAAUGUAGACCCAGUGCAGGAGGAAACUCAGGAGAAGGUCAGCAAAGAUGUUAAUUCAGCUUUGGACUCGAUUGAAGGUUCUAACGCAACCCAGAAGGGCCAAAGGGAGGAGGCCAACCUAAGUGCCAGUCGAACUGAAGAGAAUCCCAAAGAGAACAGUGAAUAAAUAUAUUCCACUUACUGCCACAGCCCAUGCUAUUUAUUUAUUUUUGUGUCUCUUAAAUGACUCAGAAAUAUAGAAGCUGAAAUCAAUUUUAAUUCAAGUCGCAGAACUCGAGCGACUGUACGUUCAUCCAGCGUGGCUUGUAUUAGUUGUCCGCUGCUGAACUCGUUUAAAAAAAAAAAAAAUGCUGCCAGUGUGUACCUCAGCCUUCUGUGCAGAACAGUUUUUCAUUAGGAAUUUUCUUUUUUUUUUGGUUUUGUUUCUGGGUUUGAAACGUGGGUUUACAUUGAAACUGUUCAAGGCCUACAGCAUAGGAAGAGAGUGAAGAGGGGGACACCACGGAACUGGUUCCAGCAAAUUGUUAGGCGAACAAAGAAAAACUAAAAAACACAAUGGAGUUAGGAGAAUGUUAUUUCCAGAAAGCCAAAAUCUUUCUAAUCUUGUGAAUUGGUUGGUUUAUUACUGCAGUUUGUCUCCAUAUAUGUCCAGUAUGUUUUGAGUUGACAAUCGUAUUCUCUAGUGCAUUUUGGGGUGUGCUUGAGUAAGACCAUCAUUGUCCACUCUCUUUUUUUUCUGGUUAAAAUCAUUUCAAGCAAAAAUAAGGAAGGAAACGUGAAAAUGCUCUUAUUAGGGAAUGAGAGAAUUUGAUUGUAACUGUACAACACAGCAAAAAUGACAAAUGUUUUUUGCUCUUGUCAAUGAAAAAAUGUAAUUUCUACCAUAAAAUUGUAAACUUUACAUCAAUGAAUUGUUACAGCCCUUAUUGAGAAACGAAUAAUUCAGUUUUAUUUUGUGUUUUUAAAAAAAGUACCUUGAUGAAUGUACUCAAUUUAAGUUGCAGUGGUUAUCUGCAGAUGUCACUGAAAGGGAGUGAUCACUGGAGUUGCCCCUAAAGAAAGCCAUAUACAGCACUGACGGUUCAGUGAGACACAAGAUGAUGAUGAUGACGUUUUUUUUUCCUGUUGGAAGCUUUUUUUUUUUUUGACCGCCUUAACAUGAGGCAAUUUCAACACGACAUUUUUGUACGAAAAAAGUGGAAGUACUGUCGGUAGGUUUUUACUCUUUUUCUUGUUUAGUUUGCGUUAACUAUAGGGGUGACCCCGCUUACUGACUCUGUGCACUGAUACUAAACACACGAUACUGGCUGAGUACCUGACAGUCCAAAAGUCAUAUUUGUUAUCAUUUCUAAUAAUUUACCUGAUUAAGACUGUGGACACAAGGGGACACAUAUUUUUGAUCUUCAUUUUUUGACCUUUUAAAAUUAGAAGUGGAAAGUGGUAGUAGAUGUGCUGAGUUCGUCAAUCACAAUGUUUAAUUAAAUCCACUCUAGAAAAUACUGUGUUAACUGGUAUCAGUGUAUAUGUGGGCCAUAUACGACUACAUAUACACUGUGGAAUAAUUUAUAAUUAUUAUCAAUAUAUAGUUAUUCUGGUAUGUAAAUCGGAAUAAUUUAAAUCUGACCUAGUUCUACAAUCUCUACCGUGAAGUAGGAGGGUAAAAGGUUUAAAAUAAAACGGAACUUACAAUGUUUAACUGUGUUGUAGCCUUGAGCUGCUGUCACUUCAUACUUACAGUAUGCAUUUUGAGAGGGGGGGCAGUUGUAUUCCUUCAAUCAGAAACUAGCUGUGAUGACACUCACUCUCUUGUUACUGUAGGUUGUCUUCCUGCUUUCAAAAAAAUAAGGCUUCAAACAUGGCUUUGUUGCAGCCUAUUUGCAUUUUUACUUCACUGUGCACUCGUAUACACUUGUGCACAUCUCACAAAUAUCAAACACUGAAAGGAGCUUGUUUGCAAGUAUGAUUGACAGCUUUAUCAGUUACCAUCGACUGAAGUCUGUACUGUUUGAGUGAGCCUGACAGCUUUAGUACAAUUCAUGUAAAAGUGGUCUUUAACUGCAGCACAUGCAAGUAAACAUAGUAAGAAUAAUCAUCAAAAAGAUACUUAAGAAUGAAAAACUAAAAUUGCAAUAGAAAUAUAUAUAUUAUUAACAUGCAACUUAUUAGAGAAUAAUAUAAUAAUAUUAUAGAGAAGUAUAAUAAUAAGCCGAAACUGUGAUUUUUUACAUACUUUAAAGAAUAAUUAAACAUUUAUGGAAAUGCACAUAUUUGCUUUCUUUCUGAGAGAUGGAUAAGAAUUUUGAGCAACCAUAAGUCUUAACUAUGGAGCUGAGAUGUGACAUUUGCCUUGUUUAUCAUAAAGAUGGAAAAAGAAGGGGACAGCUAGCAAAGUUCAAAAAUAUGCCCACCAUGUUGUAUCUUGUUUGUUUAACCUGCCUUAAACCUCGGAUUAGCAGAGCUACAUAGCGAGUUUUAGCAUUGUUUAGCUGUCUGGCUCCAACUUUACUGCUUUGGUUCAAUGUCACUGCUCUCAUAGUGUCAUUUUUUAGCCCCAGCUUUUCCAGUAAAAAAGCUCUAAAAACCCCCACUGUUCACUACCUGCUCAGAACCAAAUUGCAAAUAAAUAUCGUUAGCAAGUAGCUGGUGAACAUAAUGGCGCAUUAGUAGCUAGCGUGCCAGAUAUUUACCUCAGGAGUUGGUGGGGACCAUAAAUCGAGCUGAGAGACAGUGAAUAUUGGACUUACAUUCAUCAGGUGGACAGAAACAAGACUCCAAAUGAAUGAUAGUGUUGCUCCAUAAAUGCUGGAUAUGGAAAUGAGCAAUGAUAAUAUAAAUGAUAUGUAUAAAUGUUGUAUUUACAGCUUGUUGUCACUGGCUCUAGGUGGCAAAACAUAUUUAUUAUUGCAGGUUUAAACAUAUUUUUAAAAUGUUAAUAUUGUUAUUUAGGGGGUGUGAAGUCGUGGUGGAGGUAGCUUUAUGCGAAGCUAUGCUAAUCACUUCCCAGUUCCAGCUUUGUACUUAACGCACACACACAAGAUUCAUAUCAGUCUUCUCAAUACACUCUCAUAAAGAAAGCAAAAAAGGGUAUUUAACAUAGUAAACUGUUUCUUAACAUUUAUAACAUGAAUCAUUGGUAAAACUAUAUUUGAAUCAUAAGGUCCCUGUUCUCCUCUACUCCUCAGAACAUAUAUGAAGUACAUGCUAAAUUUGAUCUUUUUUUCUUUAAAAAAAAAAAAAAAAUUAAACUUCUUUCACAUCUCUAUUUACAGAUAAAAAUAACUGUUGUGACUGUCAGGGGAUUGGCACUGUGAUUUAGAAUCGAACACCCAUAAUAUUGGUCGGGGUCACUCCAGGUUAACCAGUUGAGUUAUGAAGAUUUAACGGACCUUGCCAUGUUGUUAGCUAACGGUGGCUUGAAGGUGGUCUGAGGGGAAGGCAGUAAAUGAUCACUGCCACAACGUUCCCUCUACAAGUGGUAUGCAUUAAUAUAACCAAAUCUAGGUUAAAGUCACCUUAUUGUAGGUCAGGUGUGUUUCACCACUUUGUACCACACGAUGCUCUUGUUUUGUAUCAUGUUUGAUGUGUCACUUGUCUUUCUGUGGCUAGAGCACUUUUCCAUCACAAAUCUGUAUUUUUUAUGCAAUCAUAUACUUUUACCAACCUCACUGUUUGCUGCUUUUCUAAAGACCUCUGUACCAUAGUGUGUGAUCUCCUAGCUUUAACCAUAGACUCAACAAGUCCUGGCCGGGUACAUCCAGUUGAACUGGACUCCUCACCAUUAUCACCGUAUGCAGUAGUUCUGGGUUUCUGUCAGUGUAAAAAGACCUGGAUUGUGCAGUAAAAGCUAGAGUUGAUAAAUCCUGAAACUGUCAACAUUCAAAAGCCAGAGAUUAAACUUCAUCUCAU